CCUAGUUAGUACAGGCUGCUGGUCUGGAUACUUCAAGUCAGAUGGUUUUGACACAAGAAAUCCACAACAUCAAUUUUGUCUGUCUCCGCUGAGUAUUUAGGUUUGCGUUUACAUGAAAGCAGAAUAUUUUACAGUUUUUUGCCUUUGGAUUUGUGCUUCUGCGCAAAUCUACAAAUUAAUGUCCCAGAUGGAUAUUUACUCGUCGAAGUUAUCACCUGCAGUGGAUUUCGCAGCCGGUGCUUUCCUGCUCAUUAUAGCUAUAUUGUCCAUUGUGGGGAACCUGCUGGUGCUCAUUAUGGCAUUUAAGCACUCAUCUCACAUGAAGCCCCCGGAGCUGCUGAGUGUCAACCUGGCGGUGACAGACCUGGGAGCUGCUGUCGCCAUGUACCCUCUGGCUGUGGCCUCGGCCUGGAACCACCACUGGCUGGGAGGAGACGCCACAUGCAUCUACUACGGCCUGGUAGGCUUCUUCUUUGGCACGGCCAGCAUAAUGACCAUGACCGUGAUGGCUGUGGUGCGUUUCGUCGUCUCCCUCAGCCUCCAGUCUCCCAAGGAGAAGAUCAGCCGGAGAAACGUGAAGCUGCUGUGUUUGUGGACGUGGCUCUAUGCCCUGCUGUGGGCCUGCUUCCCUCUCCUGGGCUGGGGCCGGUACGGUCCAGAGCCUUUCGGCCUUUCCUGCACCCUGGCCUGGGGAGAGAUGAAGGAACAAGGCUUCUCCUUCGUCAUCUCCGUCUUCUCCUUCAACUUGCUGGGGCCCUCCUUCAUCAUCCUCUGUUGCUACUUUGGCAUUGCCUUGAAGCUGUACAUUACCUACAAGUCCCUCGAACACAGCAAAAAUAUCCCAAACAUCAUCAAGAUGCACCGUCGCCUUCUCAUAAUAGCAGUCCUGAUCAGCUUGGGCUUCAUCUUAUCAUGGGCUCCAUACGGUUUGGUGAGCCUGGUGUCUGCCGUCAGGGGCAGUGAGUUCCUCCCCCCAGAGGUGACCAUGCUGCCCUGCCUGUUUGCCAAGUCCUCCACUCUUUACAACCCCCUGAUCUACUAUAUCUUCAGCAAGACCUUUAAGCAGGAGGUGAAGCAGCUGUGUGGUAGAUCCAACGCAUGCCACGCUUCCAGCGCCAGGAACAACAUCACGGACAACCCCAUCUACCUGGUGUGUGACAGCAGCCGGACAGAGAAGGAGGAGAAGGUGGUGGCCACGGUGGUUGGGAGGACCACUGAGGAUAAGUUGUCCUCUGGGAAGAACCAGGAGAUGGAGACCAGGUUAAACUCCUGCGACAGCCAAUAGGAAGGCCUCGGGGAGGCGGGGGGUAUAGUGUAUGAUGUCCUUUCUCAUGACAAUCUUAUCAUUCCUCAUCCAGUCAGGGUCUAAAUGACCAUAAAAGUUCACCAUUGAACUUGGUGAACUCCACCCGUGGGCCUCGGUGAUGAGAUGAGGUUUCACAGAAUGCUGAAUUGAUGAAAACUUUUAGAGACAAUGGUGAACUUUUAUAAUAAUUUCAACCCUGACUGGAUGAGGAAUUAUAGAUUGUCAUGAGAAAGGACAUCAUACAGAAUAUAAUUUGAAACGAGCUAAGACCAAUAUCUAUGAUUUUAUUGUUAUACGCCUUUAUCAAUUGCUGUUGGCAUGAAAAUUGCUUUUACAUAAAGACAAAUUAUACUUUAAUAAGCACAACUAGUGUGUGCAACAUAACUUGCAGGGUAAUAUCAAAUCCUGUAUUGAUGGUUGAAUGAAAGAGGGCGUGUUUGCACUAUUGUAUCUUAACUUAAUGGAUGUGAGUGAAAAAUGGCAACCAAUGAGAGGAUUGGAGGACUGGUUCCCAAGCCAAUUGGCUUCCAGGGUGAAGAGGAUUGACAAUAUGCUAUAGCCAAAAGGGAAUCAUAAACCGUAUAUGGUUUGAAUGGACGGAGCGUACAGUAGGUGGGCUGUUUUCUUUAGAGAAACACAGCUGCCAUUGAUCAAUGCAGAGGAAGGAAGUGACCGUAUUCCCAUGGAGGAGAGGAUGGAUGGAGACACUAAGCCUGGGUCCACCCUAUUCCCUAUGUAGAGCCAUAUGGGCCCUGGUCAAAAGUAGUGCCCUGCACUAAAGAGGGAAUACACUGUUAGUGCUCAGGACUGAUCCAAUGAGGAGAGGAGAGGAUGGAGAAAUGGAUGCUUCUAGUGCUCAGGACUAAUCCCAUGAGGAGAGGAUGGAGAAACAGAUGAUUCUAGUGCUCAGGACUGAUCCCAUGAGGAGAGGAGAGGAUGGAGAAACAGAUGCUUCUAGUGAUCCCAUGAGGAGAAGAGAGGAUGGAGAAACAGAUGCUUCUAGUGGUGCUCAGGACUGAUCCCAUGAGGAGAAGAGAGGAUGGAGAAACAGAUGCUUCUAGUGAUCCCAUGAGGAGAAGAGAGGAUGGAGAAACAGAUGCUUCUAGUGGUGCUCAGGACUGAUCCCAUGAGGAGAAGAGAGGAUGGAGAAACAGAUGAUUCUAGUGCUCAGGACUGAUCCCAUGAGGAGAAGAGAGGAUGGAAAAAUGGAUGCUACUAGUGCUCAGGACUGAUCCCAUGAGGAGAGGAGAGGAUGGAGAAACGGAUGCUUCUAGUGCUCAGGACUGAUCCCAUGAGGAGAAGAGAGGAUGGAAAAAUGGAUGCUACUAGUGCUCAGGACUGAUCCCAUGAGGAGAGGAGAGGAUGGAGAAACGGAUGCUUCUAGUGCUCAGGACUGAUCCCAUGAGGAGAGGAGAGGGUGGAGAAACGGAUGCUUCUAGUGCUCAGGACUGAUCCCAUGAGGAGAGGAGAGGGUGGAGAAACGGAUGCUUCUAGUGCUCAGGACUGAUCCCAUGAGGAGAGGAGAGGGUGGAGAAACGGAUGCUUCUAGUGCUCAGGACUGAUCCCAUGAGGAGAGGAGAGGGUGGAGAAACGGAUGCUUCUAGUGCUCAGGACUGAUCCCAUGAGGAGAGGAGAGGGUGGAGAAACGGAUGCUUCUAGUGCUCAGGACUGAUCCCAUGAGGAGAGGAGAGGGUGGAGAAACGGAUGCUUCUAGUGCUCAGGACUGAUCCCAUGAGGAGAGGAGAGGGUGGAGAAACGGAUGCUUCUAGUGCUCAGGACUGAUCCCAUGAGGAGAGGAGAGGGUGGAGAAACGGAUGCUUCUAGUGCUCAGGACUGAUCCCAUGAGGAGAGGAGAGGGUGGAGAAACGGAUGCUUCUAGUGCUCAGGAUGGAUCCCAGCCCAGCCUCAAAGGUCACACGCCAGCCACUAAGGGGGUUGAAAAGUCAUAGUUGAGGUCGGACGGAAUCUGAAUUUGUGACGGACGAAUUGGGUGUCUGUUCAUAUUUCCUUUUAAUUCUGUUUAAUAUCCCCACGGCCACAUAGCUUGGAAAACCCACUUUACCAUGACUGUAAUUUCUUUUGGAUAAAAUCGUCUGCUAAAUGGCAUAUAUUCUAUAUAAUACUGUAUUAUAUAUUAUAUUUGUCUUGAGACUUAGCAGGCACUCUUAUCUAAAAAGGAUGCUAGCAUGCUAAGUAGCAGUCAGCCAGGACUGCGAGCGGAGCCUGCUGAGGCUCCUUUGGGUGGGCAACCAUGGAUUGAUGAUGGGGAUUUCAUGCAUCUAGUUGACCGGGCUAUGCCAUAGACUGUACACUAAUCUCAUAGGUGAUGCAUCUGGGUUCCUACAGAUAUAUACGUAGUUUAGGAGCUCCAUGCUUCAUGAAGAUAAGAUAUACAGUACAUAACCUAUUUCCCAUGUAUAGUGGGGUGGGCAAUAUGACCCUAUAUGACCCCAAAUAAUGUUGUCAUGCUUGUCAUGCAACCAUAGUAUGUAUAGUUUGGAACCUUAUUGUGAAUACAGUCCUGUGGUAUUGAGCAGAUCUGGUUUUUGGAAUGUAGUUAUUAUGUAAGCAUCUUCAUGGAUUGUUCAUUAUCACUGAUUUGUCAAUGUCCUCACCCCCAGUGUUGUCUUAAGUGUUGCAUACUAAAUAACUUCCCUCUUCGUACUCUUUUUAAAGCAAUGUUUGAAAAAUACAAUUACAUUAUUGUCAGGGAACCAAAAGUUUAAAUGUAUAGGCCUGUCACAAUCAUUACAUCAUAUCUCUAAACCUUCACGGAAGAAAUACAUAUAUAUAUAAAAUCUUAUAAUACUCUUUGUUUGUUAUUAUAUAAUUUUGCCCCCUCACAUGUUCCUCAAUGUUACAAAAGACACUUCACACCGAUUCAGUUGUCAGACUGAGUGCAGUUGUCUGCUUUUAAAGGGCAGGGUACAGUAUAAUAAUUAUAUAAUUAUAUAUGCUUAUAUUUGUGCUAUUUCACACAUGUACAAUUGUUUAUUAACAUGCACAUUUGAAUUGGAAAUGUGAGACACCCUCAGGGAGUGGGGUCAAUCAUUUUAAAGGGGCUCCCGAGGUGUGCAGUGGUCUAAGGCACUGCAUCUCAGUGCAAGAGGCGUCACCACAGUACCUGGUUCAAAUCCAGGCUCUAUCACAUACAGCUGUGAUUGGGAGACCUAUAGGGCGGCACACAAUUGGCCCAGCAUCAUCCGGGGUAGGCUGUCAUUGUAAAUAACAAUUUGUUCUUAACUGACUUGCCUAGUUAAAUAAAAAAAACUUAUAUUUUUAAAUGCCAUUAUGAACAGCAACUCUGGAGCAAUUAGGGUUAAAUUGCCUUGCUCAAGGGCACAUCAGCAGAUUGUUCACCUUGUCAGGUCAGGGAUUUGAACUAGUGACCUUUCAGUUACUGGUUCAACACUCUAACCGCUAGGCUACCUGUCACCCAGUGUUUUGCAGGUGGUGAGAGAACUAGAGAGGGUGGAGGAGGAGGCUUGAAGCGCUGGGCAUCUUGUUAUGACAUGCAUUAUCUGAAUUCGGUCCACAGAAUUAUACCUAGGAGGAGAGGCUUCUAUGAAGGAACUUUGAAUGUCUUUUGAGCUAGCUAGCUAACAAGCUUGUGUGUGCAGAGUGGCACAAGAUUUAAAAACUCGUUUUACCUUUUUGUAGUUAAUAAAUCCAACAUGAAACGUGGUAACUAUGCCUAUAGUAUCCUUAACUAACAUUGAAAAAGUGAAUACUUUUUUUUCUAGCUAAUUAAAAAUCUCUCUUCCUAUCUUCUGAAUCAAGAUUGUAACUUCAGUACAGUAGCCUAUGCUUCGGAGGGGGGAGGGGCAGGUAGCCUAAACACGCACACACAUUGGCAAAGAUUUUUAGCUUGCAGGCUGACACUGAAGUAAGUUUCUGAGUGACAGAGUGAGGGCUUUGCAUAGGUGCUUUGUUCGUUUUUUUGUGGGACUAGAAAAAAAAAAUAACAUUAUUAACCAGUUCCCAUGCUUAAAAAAAAAAAAUCUGUUUCGGUUCGUUGAAAAAUGUUGUUAUUUUCCAGUUCCAACCCCUGAUAAAAUCGCUGUUAUACAGUUAUAAAAUUACUGUUUCUGAAAGCCCAUAAAAACUGUUUCAGAUGUGGACAUUUUAAUCACCUACAGUAGCAUCACUAUAAGUCAUGUUUUGAACUGAUAAAGGACACAAUUCACAUCCCCAAAACCAUCUUUGAGUUUUGCAACUCAAGUAAAGAUCCCUUUGACACGCAUGAAGUACACAUUGUACAACAGGUGUAUAUAUCAGAGAAGAAAAAUGAAGAACUUUGGUUGAAGUGACUUCAGCACACUGUGUACUUGCAAACCAACAUUUAACUAAGGGCUGUAUUCAAUCAAUAAUGCUGAAGAUCAGCAUUGUAGCGCGGUUGAAAUGUAAAGGUAAUCUUCAACUGAGCUGAUGCAGCAUUUACCGUGAAAGCAGUUUCCGCCAACGUGGAAACAUUGAAUUUCAAUCACGCUGUAAUGUUGAACUUCAGCGCUACGAAUUGAAUCCAUUCCUAAUAGCUGAUUAUGAAAAAGCAAUACCUAAUUAAUACAUUUGUAUAAUUUAUUAUUGAUGUUUGCAGAAGUACCCCCUACCAUUCUAUUUCUGGGUAGGUCCCAUCUCAGUCAAACUAUAGAAGAUAAGCAAAUUCCCAUUGUAUUGUAGAAUAAUGGUUGAUUCUUGCCUUGGCCCGCAACAAUGUUUACAGAUGGCUCGUUGCGCAAGCUUCCGUAACAGAGGUUUCCCAUCAACAGAGGCAUAUCCAAUAUCCCAAGGAACAAUAAUUUCGAUUCAUCAAGUUGAAUGUGUCCUUUGCUAUCAAAUAAGUAUUUAAAACACAUUUUUAGCCUGGGUCUCCCAUUUUCCUCCUGUAGAAGUGGGAGAUUACAUAGUAGCCUGCUCUUGCAUGGUCUAGACAAUGGCAGCACAGAGGCGGAAAAUGGGAGAUGUGUUUCAAAGGACACAUUCAACCUGAGGAAUCGUAAGUCUUGUUGCUAGAGAUAUUAGAUGUGCCUCUGUUGCGGGUAAACUUUAUUUUUGUGAAACCAAAUAAUUUAGGUUUGGUUGAUAAAGGACGCCAGGCUACAGAAGCCUCUGUAAACAAUGGGUUGUUGCAGGACAAAGCAAGCUUGAUUCAUGAAAGCAUGGGAGACUUAUUACAAUUAUUCCGUUUCCUAUGGUCGACUCCCUUACUGCAAAGCCAUAAUAAAAACCUGUCAACCUGUUGUGUUCAACUGUGUGGAUGUGACGUUCUGUUUGACUGCAAACCACUUGUAUCCCCUAUAAUGCCCACGUUUGAUUUAAAAAAAACAAUUGCUGACAAGAAUCUAGACACAAGCCGUGCGUAAGCUUUCAAACGCCAGACUACGUCCAAAUGUAAAGGUUGCCUCAGAGAAAAACGGUGCAACGAGCAGUACCGCAGAUAUUGAGAUGAGUGUGAUGCAAGACUUCGCUCUCUCAGUCACACACAGUAUCUGCGCAUUCGGGUUCACUUCACACGGUUCACAUCGUGGUAGCCACGUGACCAAAACAGCGGAGAAGUUGAGCCUCAAUCUUCAAUGCUAUUAGUUGACCCACUAUGCUGUUUACUUUCUACAUCAUUUCGCUGAGUCUACCUUUACCUACAAAACAUGCAUAAUAUGCUUAUAAGGGUUGCGGUGUACAGUAAAUCAUUGAUGCUCCUACAGAGACAAACAAUUAUACAGCGAGAGGACAGUCAAUUUAUUGAUAAAUUAUUGGCUCAGUGGGCCGUACUGAUUAUAUUUCCAAAAUGAUCAUCUACUAUUAUCUAAUGGACAAUGUUAAUGGUUCAUAACACCUCUAGCUGUUCAAUGAAACUGAUGAUCAUUGAUCCUCUGAAUAUAAAUGGUUAGAAAAGUAUUUAUUCAGACAGGCAGAUUGGUUGAUAUUUGCAUAAUUGAUGCAGAAAGAAUUCAAACAGUCAUUUAUUUCAAUCUGUUGUGUUUCUCUGAUGUAGCUUUCUGUUCAUUUUACUGCUCAAAGCAAAUGAUCAGAAAUA